AUGUUUCCCCUCAACGUUAUCAAAGAAUCCGAUUUGCUCGUCGCCUCGCGCAAGUAUGUGUUGGCCAUCGAAUGCAUCUUUUGCGGAGCAGCUGGCAUGAUAAAAAUCUCCAUUCUUCUUUUCUACCGCCGCCUCUCAUCGCGAGUCGUGUCGAAAGCUUUUCGCUGGACCACCUGGGCCUCCAUUGGCUUCAUCAUCGCCUACACUAUUGCUCUCACGCUCGCGCCCAUACUCGGAUGUCAGCCCAUAUCUGCGUUUUGGGACCAGGUCGAUGUCAAGAAACGCCUCAAAGGAUACAAGUAUCACUGCUUUGAUGAAGGAGCAGACCUGUUCGCUGCUGCCGUUAUCUCAGCUGCCCAAGACCUUCUCACUGCUGUACUGCCCACCUUCCUCUACUGGAACUUGCAGAUCUCGAAGCGAAAGAAGGUUGCGUUGUUCGGCAUCUUCGCAAUCGGCUAUGGUGCAGUGGCGCUCGGCGGUCUGCGUGCCUACUACUGCUGGCAUACCUUCUACGAAUCCUACGAUGUCACCUGGUCCACCCACGAUAUCUUCUUCACGACGCUCCUGGAGCUUCACGUUGGAGCAUUCUGCGCCAACGCGCCAACGCUGAAGGUCUUCUUCAAGCACUUCUUCCAUGACAAGCUCACAUCGCCGUUCCAGUCAAAGAACUCCAGUCGCGUGGACAGCGCACACUCGAAAUCGAAGACAAUCGCUUCUACCAAAAGCUUGCUGAGCAAGGUUGCUUCCUUCUUCGGCGCCUCUCGGAGCAAGAGCGGAUACAUCUCUAACUCAAACACUUCCGUCUCGGUCGAUGCCCACGGCGGCGUCAAAGUCCAGAAAGACAUCGAUGUCAUCCGCUAUCCCGCACUCGCCAAUAAGGCAACAGCCAAUAAGCAUACGUCUGUCAGCACGCUCAACAUGCUCAAUGCUCACUACUACGACAUUGAGAUGGGCGAUCGCACCGCCGAAGAUGCCACACACGCCUCCACUGCGCGCACAACGCGGAACUUUGAGGGCGAUGAAAUAAGCGCACUCCCACCUCUACCCAAUUCUCCAGCCUCGACACAUUCUCGAAAGUCGUCGAGGGCCUUCUUCAGCGUGAGGCCACAAGACCCGCGAUCCCCGGUGAUACCGGAAGUACCUGAGUCGCCACAACGAGCAAUCCCAGCUUCAACGCAGGACGUGGAGCAGGAUGCUGGUCGAUCACCUACGCCGAUGCCUACGCGGACGUUGAACGAGCAGAGGCCGCAGUGGCAAUCGUGGUCUUGA